GUUCCGGCUGCCUCGGUUUCCCCCACGUGUGUUACAUCGGGACUAGGGGGCGACUAAAUUAAGAAAUAUGGUGGCGGAAGGGGAAAUUCGUGUUGUGCAAUGCGGUGGGAGCAGGAUCAAUUACCGGAGACCAGUGUUCUCCGCUGACGGAAAAUACCUCCUGUGUGUCUCAGGUGACUUUAUCAAAGUUUAUAGCACAGCCACAGAAGAAUGUGUACACGUACUCCAGGGACACAGAGGCCUGGUUACUGGCAUUGAACUGAACCCCAAGAACCACUUACAGCUAUAUUCUUGCUCUCUGGAUGGCACAAUUAAAUUAUGGGACUUCAUGGAUGGUAUUUUAAUAAAGACAUAUUUAGCAGGAUGUAAACUGUUUGGGUUAUACACGUCUACCGCUGUGGACUUUGUAUGUGCAAUAACACCCACAAACAACAAUGAAGCCUCAGAUACUUUUCAGCUGGUUUCUAUGAAACUGCCAAAGUCAUCUGAUCAAGAAUCUGAAGUCACUGAAAUGGUUGUUCUCUUUGAAGAUAUCAGCCAGUCGCCCAAAUGCACCGCAUUGGGAAGAGAUGGUAAAUAUGUUGCAACAGUCAAAGGUUUGAAGCUCUCAGUCUACUUUUUCAAGAGUAAGAAUUAUUUUUGGUUCCCAUUAAGCGCCACAUCCAAGAAAGGUGCUAAUCACAACUUCACAGUUGUGGCCUGUCACCCCAGAGAGGAUUGCAUUGCCACAGGACAUAAAGACGGCAGGAUCCGUCUAUGGAGAAAUUUCAACCACAAACAAGAAUACACAUAUUCCUCACUCCAUUGGCACCAUGAUUCAGUUAUGGAUUUAGUUUAUUCUGCACAAGGUACUAAACUCUUCAGUGGAGGUAUUGAAUCUGUGCUGGUACAGUGGCCUCACGGAUCUGAACAAAAUAAGGAAUUUCUUCCACGCCUGGGUGCAGCUAUUGAACAUAUCUCCUCCUCCCCAGAUGGAUCAUUGCACUGCACAUCUCACACAGAUAACAAGAUAUCAAUCAUACACGCCAAUUUGCAGGUUUCAAAAAUAAUCCAAGGGCUUGUAAAAGGAGAAAAGGUCAGGACAGGCCUGACUGUUGAUCCCAAAAGCAGAGCUUUAGUUCUCAAUGGCAAACCUGGCCACCUACAGUUUUAUUCACUGCAUAAUGACAAACAGCUAUACAAUCUUGACAUUGUGCAGCAGGAAUACAUCCACCAAUCAGGGCUGCAGUACUUGGACUUGGUGAAUGUUGCGUUUAGCAGCAAAGGCAACUGGUUAGCAACUGUGGAAGAGUUGCAAGCAGCAGAGAGCGAGAAAGGGGAGUGGGAAAUGCAGCUAAAGCUAUGGCAGUAUAAGGACGAGUCUCAAAGUUUUGUCCUGAAUACCACAAUAAACAUGCCACACACAGAUCAAAUCACCUCUCUCUGCUUUUCUAAUGGAGACGAUUCUGAGAAGGAUUUUCCCACUUUGGUAUCGACAGGAAAGGAUGGCUGUUUUAAAGUGUGGAUGCUGACCGAUAACUCUGACAUAUAUAAGCAAAGAAGCGGCUGGACCUGUGAUUUCGUUGGCAGUUACCACAGAAACAUGGCAACAAAUUGCUGCUUUUCUGAGGAUGGUUCUCUUCUAGCCGUGAGCUUUGAAGAAGUCAUCACUAUUUGGGAGUCCAACACCUGGGAUCUAAAACAUACAUUUUGCCAACCACCUGGAAAAAUAAGGAAUCUGUGUUUUGGAAAAUUGAGCUGUUCCAAAUACCUUCUGGCUUCCACUGACAAUGGCUUCUUAAGCUGCUGGAACUUGCUCACCUGCGCAUUGGUCUGGAGGGCAAAGCUUGAUACUGUUAUUCUGGAGCCUGAUCUACUCUCCGAAAAUGUGGCAGCUGUGUCUUGUGCCUCAGGAAGCUCAACCUUGUUUGUUUUCAGACCUGAUGAGCCCAGGCCACUCUAUGUCCAUAAGGAUAUCUGCAGGGGGAAGGUGCAGUGUGCUGUGUUUGUGCCAAGGGACAUACCUGAAUCAGUGCUCUCCGAAAGUCAUCAGUGGCUGAAAAGAUCCCAGCUUUACUUCCUCACAAGCAGCCAGUUCAGAGGAGAAUGUCCAAGAUGAAGAGAUGGAAAGUGAGAAAUCUGAAACAGACUCUGAAGAAGAAAUUGAAAGUACUGAGGUCCAGGAGGAGUCAAUUCACACAGCAUUUUCAGAUGAAAUUUUUAAAUUGCCAAAAUCCCAAGAAAAAGAACUGAGGAGGAUACGAAAGACAGAUUACAGCUGGUUAUCAGCCUUGUAGGACUGUCACAUCCCUGUUUGUAUCCUGUAUUUUUAUAUUUUUCAUAAGCCAGAGUUGUAUCUUUAACCAAAAAAAAAAAAUACAUUGAACACAUGAAAAUGUGUUCUGUUCCCUUUAUAUUAUCUAAUUGAAUAGGUGUCUUUCUUCAUCAAUAAGAUAAGGAAAGGUCAACAAUGCUUUGUUCAAAAGUCUUUAAAAUUAACUUACGAUGACAUCAGAUGAACAUGCAGUCAUCAGCAGACUUGUCAUUGUUUUAUAUGCAACUGGCUUCUUGCAAGCCCUGGACAUCGUAAUGAUCUGAAAAAAAGCUUGUUUCUGAUUUGGAGGACGGCUAGAAGUGUUCUGCACAGAGACUGUUAUACCAAAACCAUUGAUGCCAAUGCCAAACUUAAUGGUUAUUGCACACAAUUUAGCCUGUAUGCCUGUGAAACAUGUUAACAGAAAACCCAGUGUAUGGUGCAGAAGGCAAAUAGUCUUAGCCUCUCUUGCGUCUCAUCUUAGGUGGGUAUAUGUACACACAGGCUUAUUGCGCAUCACAAGAUGAUAGGGAAAACUAAUACAUGAGUUUUGCACUGCCAAAAAAUCAAACGAGACACUAGCUCAAUGUCUAUACAGAUGCUGUGGUACCUGCAAGGAAAAGAACACAAGCACACUUGUUGAAGUAAAUCCUGUAAACUAGGGCAAAGGAAUAUAAAAUGUGCAUUGAAAAUAAAACAAAAGGUGUAUGAUUUUUAGAACAAAGCAAAUGUAUAGACUUGCUUGGUUAAUUGAAACAAAUCUCCAUAUUAUUUGUAUCUUUGUCAGUCUACUUUAAAAAGCUAUGCUUAUUUCAUCCUCAGAUUUAUCUUAUCGCAAUCUACCUAACACCUUGUUUGAAAGACUAUUCUAUUCUUGCUCUUACUGUAAAUUAAUAUUUUCAUACAUCACUUCUUAGUCUAAUCUCUAAAUUUAAUUGUUAUCCCUCUUCCCUAGAAUUUCUUUUUUUAUAGUUUCCAGAAAAUAAUGCAUCACUAAUAAUUUAGCAAAUGCAUAUCUUUAUUUAUAUCUAGACACAUCUUUAGACAUAUCUUUAUAUCUAGACACAUCUUUAGACAUAUCUUUAUUUAUAUCUAGACACAUCUUUAGACAUAUCUUUAUUUAUAUCUAGACACAUCUUUAGACAUAUCUUUAUUUAUAUUUUUGACACAAAGCCCUCUAAGGAAACUGCAUUCCAUCUUUGUAAAUGCAGAUAUUGAAGCCUCAGUGUUUUAAGGCCUAUUGAAAAUUCAGUAGGUUAAACUUGAUGAACGCAGAGUGGGGGAGGGCUGUGUUUUGUCCCCGGCAACUGUGAUUUUCUGUUUCUAGCCAGACUGCAACCUCAGCCACAAGUCAGUAGGUGAAAGUUCAAGCAGAAAAUAAAGCAUACCAUUCCUUUCCUAGAAUUUCCUUUUGCUAUAGUGAUGCUAAAAACGUAAUAUUUGAGUUUUAAUGUUUUAAAAACCUUUGCAAAUCUAAAGUCUUUAGAACCAGAAGUUAAUUUAUGUAGCAGUUUGUUUUUUUCUUAAUUUAAAAUACAGAUGUAAAUAACCAAAUAUUUGUAUUCUUAUAUAAGAGGGAAAAAGUCACAAUAAUACAACAAUAAGAUUAUAUGAACAUGAUAUAUUUGGUGAAUUAUUACUAACAAGCUAUUUAACUGAUGAAGAAUUUGCUUAAUAUCAACACCGUUAUAAAUAUACAAUUCUAAACUAGCGAGUCAUUGUCCAAUUUUAAAAUUAUGGAUAUGUCUGCAAAAAAAUACACCAAUGAAAACAAUCAGUGUAGUGUAUCUUAGAACAAAAAAUGUAAUAGAUUACAAAAUAGAUCAAACUUUAUGGACUAUAGAGGAUUUGUAGUAAGUCAACUGAGUGAUCUUCAUAUUAAAUAGCUACUCUGGGUGAAUUUA